CAGUGUAGAUGUGACCCUCUGAUCAUGUCGACAUGCACACUGCUCACGCCGGACCGUCCGGCGGGCUGCGGGCUCAGCCAGUCUCCUGAGGAAAGCAAGCUGCCAGGACCCCUUCAGCUCCCUCAGUGCUGCAAGCUCUCUCAGCACCACCGGGUAUCUGAACGCCAGAGAGUUUCUGACCACCAACGGGUUUCUAAACACCAGAGAGUUUCUGAACACUACAGAGACGACUCUGGACUCUGCGGUCCUCCUGCAGCGGGUGCCUUUUGUGGCUGUUGGAAGCUCUUUGCGGACAGGUCAGCGUAUGGGAAAAGCAAGGCUUCUAAAUCUGGUGAGAUGUCUGAAUGCUACAAUCCCUACGGACAUUGUGAGCCUUCUGAGCACUGCAAAGGUUCUCAACACUGCAGUUUCUCUGAAUUCUCUGAACACUGCAAGGCCUGCGUCAGUCCUGAGGCCUCUGAACACCGUAGGCCUGAACACGGCAAAGAACUCUUUGGACCUUGCGAAGGUGGCAAGUGCUCUGAACUCUGCGGUGAUACUGAAUGCCAUGGGCCCAUGCAGACUAGGAAGGCUUUGGGCACCAAGAAACUCCCAGGAGUGAUGGAGGUUUUAGAAUCUUGCAAGAUCUCUGAAUGUGACAUGCCUCUUCAGCAAAACGGCAGUGAAAGCAGUCGGGUCUCUGAGAAUGGGCAAGUAUCUGGAGAAGAGAGACCUGCUGGAAUGUGUGAGAUUUCUGAAAGCUGCAAGUUUUCUGAGGUCACCAAACACAGGAGGGAUUGCCACCCACAUGAGCGACUGGGCCAAGACGCCACGCCUGAAGGAGGCAAACUCUCUGCACACACCGUUUCUGAACCGCGAGAACUCUCUGGAUAUCGUAAGGUCACUGAACAUUCAAACGUUUUGGAUCACGUGCAACGCCACCAGCUCUGCGAAACAUGUGGCGGUUCUGAACAGCACAGGCUGCUUGUACAAAGUGACACAACUGUGAAUCUGUUUGAACUAAAGACUGUACACUCAGAGUUACCUGAAAAAGGUGGAGUCUUUGACCAAAGUGAUCUGUUUGAAUACCGCAUGCUCCCUGGACACUUUGAGAUCGCUGGACAAAGUGAACUUCCUGGGAAAAGGGAGUUCUGUGACCAAAGCAUGCCUUCUGAAUUGUGUGGUGUAACCAAAAUAAGUGAACUCUUAGAUCAAGGUGAAUCUUCGGAACAGAGUGAGUCUUCAGAACAAGGUGAGUCUUUGGAACAAAGUGAGUUCUCUGAAGAAGGUGAGGCUUCCGAACAAGAUGACGCUUCAGAACAAGGUGAAGCUUCGGAACAAGGUGAAUCUUCAGAACAAGAUGAAGCUACGGAACAAAGUGAAUCUUCAGAACAAGGUGAACCUUCAGAACAAGGUGAACCUUCAGAACAAGGUGAAUCUUCAGAACAAAGUGAGUUUUCAGAACCAUUUGAAUCUUCAGAACAAGGUGAAUCUGCAGAACAAAGUGAAUCUUCAGAACAAAGUGAAUCUUCAGCACAAAGUGAAUCUUCAGAACAAAGUGAUUCUUCAGAACAAGGUGAAUCUUCAGAACAAGGUGAAUCUUCAGAACAAGGUGAAUCUUCAGAACAAGGUGAAUCUUCAGAACAAAGUGAGUUUUCAGAACCAUUUGAAUCUUCAGAACAAGGUGAAUCUUCAGAACAAAGUGAAUCUUCAGAACAAAGUGAAUCUUCAGCACAAAGUGACUCUUCAGAACAAAGUGAUUCUUCAGAACAAGGUGAAUCUUCAGAACAAGGUGAAUCUUCAGAACAAGGUGAAUCUUCAGAACAAAGUGAGUUUUCAGAACCAUUUGAAUCUUCAGAACAAGGUGAAUCUUCAGAACAAGGUGAACCUUCAGAACAAGGUGAAUCUUCAGAAGAAAGCGAGUCUUUUGACCAAAGUGAGUCUUCGGAACAAAGCGAACCUUCUGGAGUAAAUGAACUCUCUGAAGAAACUGAAUAUUCUGAACCAUGUGAGUCCUCUGAGGACAAUGAGCUGUCUGAAAGUGAGUACUCUGAACCAAGCGACUGCUCAGAACAAAGUGAGUACUCUGGACAAAGUGACCUGACUGAAUGUUGUGAGUACACAGAACAGCUCUCUGAAGAAAGUGAGCAUUCAGAACAAAACAAGUUCUCUGAACAAAGUGAUUCUUCUGAACAAUGUGAGUUUGAACAAAGUGACACUGAAGAGUAUGAGCUUUGUGAACAUGGUAAGUUCUCUGAACAUUGUGAGUUUUGCGAGGUUCUUGAACAAAGUGAAGUCCCUGAACAUUGUGGAUUAUGUCAACAAAAUGAGCUGACUGACUAUGGUGAAUUACCUCAACAAAGUGAUGUUACUGAACAUGGUGAAUUAUCUCAACAAAGUGAAAACCUGGAAGAGCAUGCAUCAUCUGAACACCAAGAGUUAUCUGAGAAGUUUGCUGACAAACAUGUGCACAGUGUUGACUGUGCUAUUCCUGAAGGAAGCAAGUCCUCUGAACACUGCAAACCCUCAGAACACUGUGAGCACCCUGAAAACCAUGAAUCUGCGGAAGCCUCUUAUUCUUCUGGACAGAAUAAGUCCUCUGAACACUGUGAGAGCACUCCAACCAGUGAGCUGACUCAACACAGUGAUCUCCUGGGCCAUUAUGAGCUUUCUAAUUACAGUGCAACAAAUGAGGAGAGUGAAGAUUUUGAACACUGUAAGGUCUCUGGUGAAAGUAUGCUUUCUGAUUGUAGCCAGAUCUUAGACCGACAGGCACUUUCUGCGCCAAACUCAUCAUCUGCCCAACACGGCCACUCCCAACCAAAUACACUCUCUAGAGAACACAAGCUUUCUGAGCAAAGUGUAGCCUCUGAACAAAAACUGCCAUCUGACCAAAGUAAUGUGUCUGAACACGCACAGUCCUCUGAGGAAAAUGAACUCACUGAACACCACAAAGUCCCGCAACAAAGUGGGUCCUCGGAGUACUUUGUGAUUUCGAAGGGCUCAGAACAAGGCAAUCUCUCUGGAGAACCCGCACUCUCCGAUCCCCAACAUUCCCCGGAGCCAGAAUGCUCUGAGGAUGGAAAGGCUCCGGAAGAGCCUGACCCGUCGGGUUACUUGGUGAUCACACAGCUGAAGCCGCCUGAGGAGGUGGAUGAGGAGGAUGAGGACAGUGAGGGUAGUGAGGAAGGGGAGGACUGGGAGCCAUGCGAGUGUGAGUUCUGUGUGCCCCCAGAAGGCCCUGCCCAGGUUCCCGCCAAACCACUGCUUCCACAGAUAAAGUCAAAAGAUGCAGGGAAGAUCUGUGUGGUGAUUGAUCUGGAUGAAACACUAGUGCACAGUUCAUUCAAGCCAGUGAACAAUGCUGAUUUUAUCAUUCCAGUGGAGAUUGAUGGAACGGUUCAUCAGGUGUACGUGCUGAAGCGACCACAUGUGGAUGAGUUUCUCAGACGGAUGGGAGAGCUGUUUGAGUGUGUGUUAUUCACUGCCAGCCUAGCCAAGUACGCAGACCCUGUGUCAGACCUGCUGGACAAGUGGGGAGCCUUCCGGAGUCGUCUCUUCCGCGAGUCCUGCGUGUUUCACCGUGGAAACUACGUCAAGGACCUGAGCCGCCUGGGCCGAGACCUCAACAAAGUCAUCAUCGUGGACAACUCCCCCGCCUCCUACAUCUUCCACCCAGACAAUGCUGUUCCCGUAGCCUCGUGGUUCGACGACAUGUCCGACACAGAGCUGCUGGAUCUCAUCCCGUUUUUCGAGAGACUGAGCAAGGUGGAGGACGUGUACACAGUUCUGAAGCAACAGAGGACUACAAGUUAACGUGAUGUCACAGGGGUGGAGGGAGGGGAUUUCACCAGGGGCCACGGAGGCUGGGGGGCACGAGCCCUGUUCCACCUCUCACCACACCGGCUGCUGCCUUUGUCCUCAACGCCUACCCAGAAUUCCAUUCUACGGAAGCGCAGAGACGGAGCGAGCGUGGAAAGCAGGCUUUGGUUCGGAAGAGUGAGCUCGCUGUGGAGAACCUCUUUAUCACAAACGAAAAAAAAUGUGUAGAAUAAUUUUAACACUUGAAGAUUUGCUAUUCCUCUUUUUGCUACUGUUUGUUUCCUCUUCAAGACAAGUUUGAGGGAGACCCCUGUUUUAAAGGAGCUUUGGCAAUCCUUCUAAAAUGGGCGAUGCAGCUUUCUCAUGUAUAAUCUGCGCUUAGCAUACCAUUUCACGCCCACAACUCUUUGGGUUGAACUUCACUCAUUCACACUUUUCAAUGAGUUGACUCAAAUGCCUGAGUAAGUCUCAGAUAUGGCAAUCACACAGAAGCAGCUUGGAGUAUGCAGAUUAAUUUUUUAACCCAUGUGUUAUGAUAUAAAAUGAAAGGCAAUAUCAGAGUGUUCAGAAUGUUUUUAACACAAUAAUCAUGUCUAAUUUACCUGCCAAACACUUCCAAGUAUGGCAAAGCGUCAUAGUAUGCUUUCAAUAUUUUGACUCUUUUUUUUAUUAGAGAACCAAGUCUUAAGUGCCACCAGUGUUAUGAGUCAAAUCUUAUCUGUCACAACUGUUGUAGCAUGUAAUGUAAAGCCUACUUAACUAUUUUUUUUCCCCAGUUCCAGAAUCUAAAUCGGACAGAUUCCUGAUCGUGUUCCCUUGUUUGUAAUAUGUUGUCUUUUGAACCUUAGCGUGUUUAGAUAUUGUCUGAUAGACAGUGCAGGAGUGGAGACUUUCCCAAGAGCAGCGGAGGUGCCGUAGGGCUGGGCUAUCUCAGCUAAAGGAAAGGGCUGAAGAUAUGGCGGCCAUUUUCUGCAUUUUCUGCUUAGUCCCUCAAGUGCCAACGUAUUUCAAGAUUUUGAAAUACAAAAGUCAGAACAAAAACAAGACCAAGUCCAUUUGGUUUUCAUUGUUGUUUUGUCUGUGUUUUUAGUACUUAUAACUUUUUUAUAGAAGAGAUCAAUAAUAGUUGUACAUAACGGCUUAAAGGCCAGUGUAUGUGAAAACGAUAUUUGAUUUUGGCAAACAUAAAGGUGUCCUCCCUGCACAUUUCUCAUAACUUGAAUUAGACCUUUUCUCAUUUCCUUGUUGCAUUUUUUUAAUGCUGUUGUAAUUAUGUCAUUUGCUUUGUUUGUUAUAUGAGCCAGACUGCAGUUAUUAGGCUGUUUUCAGCUUUUAGUUUGCUGUCUUCAGCAGUUCUACUUGUAGCACAAGGUAUGACAAAGGUAAAUCGGUACUUGCCUGGAACGUAAGGCCACGCGCAAUUUGUGCUAAAUCAAAGCUUCGGAACCUCUUGCUUUUAAGGUUCCGAUUGAUUUCUUCCCAAAACUAACAGCUCUUUAAAAUGAAUAGCUCUUAGCAAGAAUUAUGCAAGAAUGUGUCAUUCUUGUCAUGAUAUGAAAAGGAGCAUCUUUAACCUACAAUUACAGAACCUUUCCCGUUGUUGUUCUCCUUAGAUUGCAUUAACUGCCAGCUCCUUGUAUCCUAUGAUCCAUGAUAGACUGGGUUAGGACUCUGAGGGUAUUCUCAGCCCACUGUAGCAGUAGGAGGUAUUCAUUCUGGACAUAGUCUGUUUUACCAUUCCUUAAGAAUUUAUAGUGUGUAGUCUUAUGAACUGUGUCAUUUUCAGACAAUUUGCUCUUCAAGAACUACUAAAACAUUUCUCAAGGCUGGGGGGGGUGCGUUUAUUAAUAUAAUUAUCAUUUUUUUGAGGAAUGUCAAUGCUUUUGAUCAUUUCUAAAACUGUUUCUGUAAUUAAGAAAUGGUUCAAUAGCGGUCUAUUGCCUUGGAUCAAUGGGCACAUAUUCAGUGACGGAUGCGUUUCUUCAGAGAAUUCUCUGGAAUGUCUUUAAAACUGCAUUUUUAAGUGAACACAGGAUUGUAGAAGGUAACAGUUAGAAUGUGCUAAAGCGCUGGGGUUGGAUUUACGCUGGAAACUUUUUGUAUGUUCUUUGAGGAUAUUCCCCAGCAGAGCAUAGACAGAAAAAGAGACAAACGGUCAGUAUUAUGGAACACCUGCUGUGUACUCUUCUGGAAAUACCAGUCUCUGGUAAGGAAUGUGUGUAAAACCUGGUUUUCCAUUGCAGAGUGGAUGUAAGUAGAAUGUGCCUGUGUCCGUAAAUUAUAACGUACAUUCAGUAUCACUGGACAGCCUUUCUGAACAUCGCCAAAUCAUUUCUUUGUUAAUUUUUUGUGCAGUCGGGUUACCUGAUGUCCUUGGAAACCAGACAGACGGACAUCUACUCCUGUCACACUUGUUUAUUUAUGUGUCCCCCCUGUCUCUUACUGUUUAUCCCACUAUAUUUAAACACAGCCAAACAUAUACAUACAUGUGUAUACUGCGCACAUAUGUACAUGUUUGAUAACUGCGCAGUGAUAAAACGAGCAAAUUGGCAUUAAUAUAUGAUAUAAUAUACUUGUAAUCUGGGAACAUGACGUUUAAAUUAAAACUAUUGUAACCUA